UAUAAAUUCAAAAUGAUCUGUCACGGUAGAAAUGGUAUGUCAGGAAUUGAUUGUUCAGAGAUUGAGUACUACAAUCGUUGUAUAUACUAUUGUUGACUGUUCCGUGCAUCCACUCACUAUUUGAGCUACACGUACGAGUCUGUACUUCUUCUCUGAGUGGUUUGCCUUUGAUGGAGUUCAAAUUUUAGAAGCAAAACAGUUGGGUGAUUGAAUCUUGCCGAUCAAGAUGAAGGUGAAAAUGCUGAGCAGAAAUCCGCACGAUCAUAUUCGUGAGCGGAAGCAGGACCUCCAUCACGUGCCGAGAAACCCUGAUCCGGCUCUGCAUCCCUUUGAAGAAGCAAGAGAAUACACUCGCGCUCUAAAUGCUACAAAGCUAGAAAGAGUUUUUGCUAAGCCGUUCGUGGGUGAUCUAUCCGGUCAUACAGAUGGUGUUAGUUGCUUUGCGAAACACCCCAAGCGUUUAAGUUGUUUGGUAUCAGGUGCGUGUGAUGGCGAGAUACGUGUGUGGGAUCUAUCAAGUCGUCAGUGUACAUCAGCGUUUGUAGGACAUUCUGGCUUUGUGCGAGGGAUGUGCGUUGCACCAUCAGGCGAAAGUCUCCUCUCUGUUGGCGAUGACAAGAUUGUGAAGCGCUGGUCACUUACCGCUGCAGUGCAGAGUCAUGGGGACAGUACUAGUAUGGAGCCAACACAUACCAUUCUCGGCAAGGCUCCUUUUACAUCUAUAUCACAUCACUACAGUGAACCGUUAUUCGCCACGUCUGGAAAUCAAAUUGACAUUUGGGAUGAAGAGCGCUCUGAGCCAGUCCGAUCGUUCUCCUGGGGAUGUGACACAGUUGGCAAUGUGUGCUUUAAUCCAGUCGAAGUUAACAUUUGUGGAAGCUGUGGAUCAGACCGUAGCAUUGUCCUGUAUGACGCUCGAGGUUCCACUCCAUUGCGUAAGGUUGUUCUUGAAAUGAAGAGCAACUGUAUCGCUUGGAAUCCCCGAGAAGCAUUCAACUUCACCGCUGCUAAUGAAGAUGGAAAUUUGUACACAUUUGAUAUGAGAAAGCUGACAUUCCCGCUGAAUGUUCACACAGAUCAUGUUUCGGCUGUGAUGGACGUGGACUACUCGAGGACAGGUCGAGAGUUUGUUUCAGCCAGUUACGACAAGACUAUUCGGAUAUUUCCAAUGCAGGGUGGCCACAGUCGAGAAGUCUAUCACACUAAACGAAUGCAGCGUGUUUUCACAAUUUGUUGGAGCUCGGAUGGAAAGUUCAUUGCAUCAGGCAGCGAUGAGAUGAAUAUAAGAUUGUGGAAAGCCAAGGCUUGGGAAAAGCUCGGACCUGUGUCAGCUAGAGAGAGGGCGGCACACGUACAGAGUGAGAAGCUCAAGACCAAGUACAGCAGCCAUCCGCAGAUCAGAAGAAUCCAGCGCCAUCGCCAUAUACCACAUCUUAUCCACUCAGAAUCCAAGAAGAAGAAAGACAUUCUAAGCAAAAUCAAGCGCAAAGAAGAGAAUGUCCGCCGGCAUACCAAGCCAUCAAAGCUCAAACCUCGUCGACCAGAGAGAAAGAAGCACAUUGUUGGAACAGUGGAGUAAAUUGUGCAGUAUGCCAAUAAAAAUGCUUUCGCAUAUUUUGGUACCAAAUACCAGCAGAUACAGCUGAAUAUCCCGUGUCAUUUCUCAUGUGUUUGGCCAUGUUUGCUGCCGGCUUGGAAUGGAACUUGUCUUCAGUGUAUCUCUUGCCUAUUUACUAGUACUUUAUAUUUUUACUAUUAAACCAGCUUUAAUUUCUGUCCAACUAAUUACUUACCCGUACCUUGAAAAUAUUUAUUUGAACUAUUAUUAAACAUCACUUUUUUACAUCGAUCAUGCAGCAUGCAACGCUGUAGGGUCUUCAUGCGAGCAUCCGCCAUCGUGUGGUUUGGCAACAAGAAAUUGCAGUACAUGUAUUCCAACAAGGAAGAUGUAUCUCUCACACUUUUAA